AACACAUGGUAACUCAGUUUACACUUCGCGCAUAGAUUUCUCAUAAUCUGCUGCUGUCGGGGUUGCGGUAGAAUAGGAGGGUCCGUGGUGCGGAGCGGUGCGUUGUGGAGUGGAAGAGAAGGCGGUGAGUCAGUGGUACAGCAAUCGAGGGGCAGGGCGGUUCAGGGGAAGAAAACGCAGCCUUGGAGCGCGUCGCGCAUACGGAAAGGAGCCGCUAAUUGACAGCCGGAAAGGAACGAAGCGCCCCGCUCGGCUCACCAGCGGAGAGGAGCACGCUAAUCUCCCUCCUCACACCCGUCUCGUCAAAGGCUUCUCUGUGAUCCAACUGGCGCAAAUGGGCAACGCGAGGCUCUAUCCACCAGCGGGUUUGGCAUAAAGCUUUUCGACGCAUAAACAAGUAGGAAAAAGGAGAGGACGCGGCUGCUUUGCGACUUGAUUCAAAUUCACCUCAAAUAAACGCACUCCGACUUGGUCAGCCUUUUCAACUCGCUUCCUAAGAAGUGGAGGGACAAAAUAAAAAGAUUUAGAUGGAGUAAAAGAAAGAAAGAAGAACUGUGCUUCUACUCUUGGGAUCAUUUGUGGGUUUUCGUUUAUUUCCACCGCAUUCUUGGUGCAUACGGGAGUCAAGUUAAAAAUGAUCGGAGCCUUGAAAUAAAACACGUGUUUUUUUUUUUCCACCCCGAUUGAGAUGGAAUAUGAACAGAUGCUGAGGAAACUCCAGGGAGGAAUUUAAGUCUCAUUUUGGAGCGCAAUUUGUGCGGCUGAAGAACUUACAGCCCCUAUUAAUAUUCGUGUUCUUCUUGUCUUUAAAUCUUUCCAAUGGAGUUGGCAGAAUCCCAGGUACAGACUUUAAUAUUAAUCUGAAAAAAAAGAAGAAGAGUGGGUUUAUUCUCUGACAUCGGGAAAGAAAACCGACGGAUUUGAUGCGCACCUUCUCCGUGGGAUGGUAAAUGACCGAUGGGGAACCAUGAACAGCUCUUCUGAACUCGAAGAUGGAACUCGGCAUAAAAACCAGACGUUCUGUGAAUGUGUACCCAGCUCCUCCCAACUCAAACAUCGCUGGUCAGACUCAGAAACCGCCAGGGAGACUCCGGCCAAGAGGAUGAGCUGCAGCUACCUGCUCUGUACUAUCCUGCUCUUCGUGGCUGUUUUGCUGGCUGUCACCGUAACUGGCACCAUCCUUUUCAUGAACCACUACCAGGCCCCGCCUUUGUCUGACGGCCUACCCCACAUUUCCACCAAUCAGGAUGAAGCAAAUGCCCUGGUCACUGUGGAGAGGGGCGAUGGCUCACGCAUCAACAUCUUCAUCGACCCCAACUGCCCUGACUACAACAGCAACUUCAUACGGCUGGAGGGUGUGCAGACCUCACUGCUCCACUCGCUGACCGACCAUGACUCUGACCUAAAGUCGGUCAAAGGCCAGGAUCGCGCACUGCUUGUCAGUCUGGCCGAGGAGGUGUCCAAGCUGUCUGCCCAUGCAGGACAGCUGAAGAUGGACUAUGAGUCUCUGCGACGGGGGCAGAGCAGCCUAGGUCAGGACCUGAACACGCUACAGACAGAACAAGGGCGCCUCAUACAGCUGCUGUCAGACAGCCAGAUCAACAUGGUGAAAGUUGUGAACUCCGUCAGCGAUGCUCUUAAUGCCAUGCAAAAGGAGAAUGUGGGUCUGAAGGCUCGGGUCAAAGCCGAUCUACAAAGAGCGCCAGUCCGAGGGGCUCGUCUCAAGGGCUGCUCCAAUGGCUCUCGCCCCCGCGACUGCGGCGAUCUGUACGCCAGUGGUCAGAGAGAGGACGGCAUCUACUCCGUGUUUCCCGUCCACCACCCUACGGGCUUCCAGGUCUACUGCGACAUGACCACGGACGGAGGAGGCUGGACGGUGAUUCAGCGUAGGGAGGACGGCUCGGUUAACUUCUUCAGGGGAUGGGAGUCAUACCGUGAAGGAUUUGGCAAAAUCACCGGAGAACACUGGCUAGGUUUGAAGCAGAUCCAUGCCCUGUCCAUCCAAGGGAACUAUGAGCUGCGUAUCGACUUGGAGGACUUUGAAAAUAGCACAGCGUUUGCCCAUUACGGCACCUUCGGUGUGGGUCUCUUCUCAGUGGACCCUGAUGAUGAUGGAUACCCUUUGACAGUGGGAGACUAUUCUGGCAAUGCAGGCGAUUCUCUUCUGAAGCACAAUGGCAUGAAGUUCACCACCAAAGACAGGGACAACGACCACUCUGAGAACAACUGCGCUUCGUUCUACCACGGCGCGUGGUGGUACCGAAACUGCCACACCUCCAACCUCAACGGCCAAUACCUGCGCGGCCAGCACACCUCCUACGCCGACGGCAUCGAGUGGUCCUCCUGGACCGGCUGGCAGUAUUCCCUCAAGUUUUCGGAGAUGAAGAUCCGUCCGACCCGCGACCCCGACAAUAAAUAAAACUGAUACGAGGAGGAAGAGGAGAAGACGAAACCUUUUUGGAUCAUUCAAAAGAAAUAAGAAACAUGAUUUUUUUGACAGAUAGAUUGAAUUACUUGUCUUCAUAUUGUUUAUUCACUUAUACAUGACUCUUUGAGGUUCAGGUGACUGUCGUUGGCUUUAUAGUUCCCUGCUUUUUGCGCUUUAAACAUUUGUGACUGCCACAAAGCUUUCUUUUACGACUAUUCUAACCGUGAGCCCCAUUGUUUGGAUAUUUUACCUAAAAAAAAAAAAAACACAAGAAAGCAGAGCCCUGAGUCCAAAAUCUACUUAGUCUAAUGUGGUGGUCCAACCAUCUACAGAAUCAUCAUGUUCUAUUGACGUUUGACCCACUACACAGACCCGCCACCCACCCACCCACCCCCAACCCGACGCUAUUGGAGUUAUGAUCGGAGAGGGUUCAAUCAUCUAUAACAGAACAAGACCCGACCCUUCAUAAAAUACAAGCAGGAGAUGCACAUUCAUGGGUUUCAUCUGCAAGAAGGGAAAGCUCGCUGGUGCACUUUGAGACAUCGACAUCCCUUAUCUGUGUGAACGAGACCCAGCAGGGUAGUGGCAAUGAGCACACUUCCUCCAAUAAAGCGAGGAAAGACGGAGAAAAUGAGGAAACGAGCUGACAGAAGUUAAAUUGGAUGAAGGGAAAAGGGGGACAGAGUGCAUCAAAGGGGGACCAAAGGAAGCGGGGAGAGUAUGAGGAGGUGCAAAAAGAAUGAAAAACGAGCACAGACAAAGAAAAGAGACAACGGAGGAUCUCAUUCGUCUGACUUGGGCCAUUAGGGAGCAUAUUGGGCACUUUGUCUGAUCUUCCUGCCAACUGAGUGCCGGCCAACCGAUGCAGCAUCGCAGAUGGAAACACAGCACCUUCGGUGUGUCGGUGUGUGUGUGUGUGCGCGUGUGUUUGUGCGGAGGAUCAUGUGUGCACGUGUUUGACAGAAAGACAAGCAGACAAAGCUCUCUCUAAGACGCUCCGUUUCCUGUCAGGAAGUCAGGAGAGUGACUUGACUGAGCAAACUGGAAAGCACAUGGCACGCGGUCACGCCAUCCACAUACGUGUCAGGAACAAGAAAACAAAAGGCAGAUUAGAUCCACUCGGGCUUCUAAAGCGAUUCCACAUUACCAACUCUUCAGGCUGUCCCUCAUUUCCAGGUGUUUAGUAUGAAUUUUUUUUUUUUUUUUUGUUGGGGUCUUUAUUUUGGUGUGUAGCUCCUUUUCUGUCAUCGAGCAAAAGCAGAAAAAAAACAAAAUACUAUAAAAAAAAAUCACCUUUCCUUUUUAAUUUUAAUUUAAAUUCUGGAGUUUUCUCACGGCAAAGUCAAAAUUGGCUCGAGCAAGAAAGAAACAGAAAAAAAAAUGACGGAAAAAAUAUAUAAAGCCAUUUAUUUGGUGAAAAAUUGUGCAAUUGCAACCCCGUAUUUCCUUUUUUCAAGCACUGUCAAUCCUGUCAAAGCUUUUUUUGGAUGACGUAAGAAAAGCUUUAAGACAUCUGUAGAUUCUACUGUACAGCGUGUAUGACUUUCAGAGCAUGUGAAAUAUUUCUUACUAUGCGAAAACACAGAGAGAAGGAGAGAGAGCACACGGACGUUAGAAAACCCACCGGUGUCAAAGAAAGAACUUUUUUCCCCUUCCUGCCCGUGUUCUGCGGUGGGGACUAACGAUCCGAAGGUUGAGCACAAGGAAAGAGGAUUUUGAAUAUCCCUCAAGCACAUGGUGGAUCAAAUCUUUGUUUUUGGGGGGUUUUUUUGGGGGGGGGGGGGGGAUGAACACUAUAAGGCACGUUUCAACAAUUGGGAAUAUUAGGGGGCCUCGCAAGGACACGCGUUUCCCCAUUCUCUGCUUUUGGACAGCAACGUGGUACAGAGGUGCAUCUAUGAAUGUGCGCUGAGUUUCUCGUGUAGCACCAAGCAAUGUUGCGCUGAAUACCUCUGACGCUGGACCGGCGGUGAGUUUCUUGGGACAUGGCACCCUCGUUGCUUCGGCGGCCAUGUGGGCUGUGUACAGAACAUACAAGCUACCCGGUGAUGACUCCGCGGACCGCUGCCACCUUUCUUCUUCAUCAAAGCACAGACACACAUGGUAUGAAAAAAUAAAUCAAUACUGAAAAAAAAAAAAGAAGAUUUAACGGCACAGAGUCUGAGGACUGAUUUUAAGUUUAUCAAAAGGCUUAUAAAGAGAGGGGAACUGGAGCGCAAGUGUGAAUGUAUACAGAUAUCUGUGUGUGUGUGUGUGAAUGUCUCUGCUUGAAAGAGCACGUGUGUUUGUGUGCAUCUAUUGUGUGUCUGUAAGUACACAUGAACAGGAGCAUCUCAGUGAAUCUGAGUAUCCUUGAAGAGUUCUUUUGUUUUUUUCCAUUGGUAAAUAUCAAAAAGUCGAAAGUCAUAUUUUCUAGAUUUAAAACCCGCAGAGUGAUUCCGAUUGUUUUAUUUGUGUGAAUUUUGAUUAUACUGGCUGACGGCUAAGAAAAAGACGCACAAUUCAAUUCCUCAUAAAAUCCAAUAUUACAUAAGACCAUUAAAAAAAGAUUUGCUGUCAAAGAAAUGUGGCUCUACUUCAAAGUUCAUCCAGGUAGUGCAUUGCAUAAUACAUUUGAAGAUUAUUAAAAGGUUCAUUUAUUUCAGUAACUAAGGUGCCUCGGUGAAGCACAUUAUAUAGUUUAUUUACACACAGAAUUAUUUUUUCAAGCCAGGAUUUCUGUUAAUUGAUAAACACGUUCCACUUAUAUCUACUGUGAUGAAAACACAAUUGUGUUUAAAUAAUAAUACAUUAGAGCAAUCGGGGGGAAAUAAAUCCACAGAAAUGUGGGCUUAAUGAAUAAUGUGUAAUAACUGCUUAAAGGUUUCUAUUUUUAAAAGGUACUUUUAAAUCUGAACCAGCCUCAUUGAAAUGUACAUUGCUAUUUAUUGAAUAUGACUGGGUUUGGGCUCUUUCUAUAUAAAUCACUGCAUCAAUGCAAUGUGUCACGGAGGUGAUGGGCUUGUGUCUCUGCUGAGGUGUUGAGAAAGCAAAGGUUACUUUAAUGGCACCCUUCUGCUUUUCUGCAUUGUUAGUUCUAGGGAGUCUAAUCUUCCUCUUGACAAUACUCCAUUGACUCUGUUGAGUUUAGGUCAGAUGAGUUUGCUGGCCUCUUAAGCACGGUGAUGUCAUUGAGAUUAAACCAUGUAUGGGUCCUUGUGGUAACUUCGAGCAGGUACCAGAUUCUGCUGAAAGAUGAAAGCAGCAUCUCCAUAAAGCUUUUAAGCAGAUAAUUAAGUGCUCUAAAAUGGCUGCACUAAAUAUAAUUCUGGAUUCAGUCAGGUAGUGUGAAUUGAAAAUGAAAUGAAAUCAGGAAAUCGUUAUGUGAAAUUAUAACUGACCCAAGGCCAACGGCCAAUGUAAAGGUGUUUUUUUUUUUUUUUUUUUUACGUAUUACUCCUCUGCUUAAAGAUUAUUGACAAAACAACAAACUGUUACAUUAUCCCUAUCAAUUAGUAUGUUAAUUUAUUCUUUAAACUCUUUCUCCUGCCGGAGUAACAAUCCAAAUUUAGUUAGCUUGACACAUCCUGUUGUCACCUAUCCCUGAUGUCGAAAAGUUGUUAAUUGCAUGAAUUAUUUUUCAAGUUGCCAUAUAAAAUCUGCUUAAAUCAGAAUGUUUUUGGGGAUUUGUAAAGUCAGCAAAGGGUGUGGAGUCUGUCCUCAGCUUUAGGUCAUGUGAGACACCUCAAGGCUACAGUUAUCUCUGUUCACUCUGUGCACUUUUUUAGCCACAGAGUUUCCUUCCACUCAACCUUUCAUUAAUAGGAUUAAAUACAGCACUCCUUGCUUCUUUGGUAAGGAACAAUUUUGGCUUUUGCUUCCUGUGGACGUUGCGGAGACUGUCAGCUGGACAACUGUCCAGUCAGCGGUCUUCCCCAUGACAGGAUAGGCUGUAACAUUUCCCUCUCAAUAAUGUCUCUAUGUAUUUUUUUUGGUCUUUUGUAAUAUUCGAUUCUGAUCGCCUAAAUGAACAGAAACAAAUUGAAUUGCUGGAACCAAGAGGAACCUUUCAACGAGGUUGCAAUUUACUGAGAUGCACCUGUGGGCACAUGCUUAGGUUUGCACAUGCCAGCGUGCAUGAGCCUGACCAGACGAGAGAGCUGGAGGUAGAGUAUGUCCCAACGUGGAGUAAUGUGACGCUUACAUCUGACUAGCCUCCCUCUGCUGUUUGUGUUGAUAACAGAGAGAUUUACAUUAUUAUAUUGACCUAUUAGUUAUUGUGAUUGUGAACACCACCUACUGGUUGCUGUGUUGAACUGCGCCUGUACCCUUGAACGCCCCCCCUCCCCCCUCUGUGAACCCCAUCCCCAACACUUUGUGCACACUGUAUAUGUUACUGCUAUGUUCCCCCCUUGUUAUUUACUUGUGCAGACACAUUACAUUUGCCUCACUCUGAUCUGUUUUUGUUGCGUGAAUGCCUUUAUUGUCCCUUUUUUCUCUCUGCUGCUGCUGCUGCUGCUGCUGCUGCUGCAGCUUGCUAGGUCUCCGAUGAAGCUGGAGAUGAAAGAGUGAAGUCAGAAGCUCUAAUCAAUCCAAGUUACCCUGCUCAUUACAGAGCAUCAAUGCCCUCCCCUAGGUAUCCAAACCUUCUAUAUUUCUUAGUGGCUACCUUCUUAAUUGCCUUAGCCUCUGCUGCCAGCCCCAUCCUCCUGCCCCGUCUCCUAAACGCUCCUCUUUUCUUUUUUUUCCCACCCCCCUAAAUGCUGUGUUUUUCUUCUGUUCCCGCCUCCGUUUUUCCUGACCCCUUUCCCGCCGUCCUCCGUUCCCUUCUUUCCCAGCGCAGGACUAACUAUGUUUUCUCUUUCUGUUACUUUUGGUGAAGUACUAUAGAUUGUUUUUGCUGAAUCUUGAUACUGUGUUUUAAUGUUCUUGUCAACAUUUAAUAAACAUUCACAUUUUAUAAAUGG